AGCUCAUCCGCACUUUUAGCCUACACACGGAGUUCUGACGUUCGAUUUAAACGUAGUUCCUUCGUUGGAAUUAGACUGUUGAUUCAACGUUGUUGGAGAGCUGGGUUUGAAUUCCUGCAUUUUCUCCCGCAAGAUUGUGUUUGAACCUUUACUGUUCCGAACCCACAAGUCUUGGAGUCAAAACGUAGGAGGGAAAGGACAAGAAAAAGCCAAAAAGGCUAUCUGAAACAUGCUCUCCUUGUUGUGCCUCAUGCUGUUUGUUCCACGUGUGUUCUCCUCAUCGACACCAGUGGCUGUAAUCUUCCCCCAGGACCCGGCGUUGCGGAUGGGCUCCAGCCUGACGGCCACGUGCACAGUGAGCCCCGAGCGGGGGCUGCAUGCCAACACUAUGUACUGGACCAUGAACGGGAAGAGACUCCCUAGUAGCACGUACGACCUGCUGAGCCCCAACUGCCUCAGUGUCACUCUGCACCACCUCAAUGGCUCCCAGCAACAGUCUGGGGACAACCUGGUGUGUCACAGCGGAGAUGGACAUGUCCUAGCUGGCUCCUGUCUCUACGUGGGCAUGCCCCCGGAGAAGCCGGUCAACCUAACCUGCUGGUCCCGAAACACAAAGGACCUGAGCUGCAAGUGGACCCCUGGGGGUCGGGGCGAAACCUUCAUCAAAACCAAAUACACCCUCAAGUACAAAUUGAGGUGGUACGGGCGAGAGAGGGAAUGUGAGGACUACAGCACGGGGCAACGCUACACGUGUUACAUCCCCCGGGACUUGGCCCUCUUUACUCCCUACGAGAUCUGGGUGGAGGCGUCCAAUCAGCUAGGGACUGCCACCUCUGAUGUCAUCACUCUGGAUAUCCUGGAUGUGGUGACCACAGACCCUCCAGACAACGUCCAUGUGAGUCGUGUGGGGGAGCUUGAGGACCAACUGACAGUGCAUUGGGGCAUCCCCCCGGCACUCAAAGACUUCCUCUUCCAGGCCAAAUACCAGAUACGCUACCGACUGGAGGACAGCACUGAAUGGAAGGUGGUGGACAAUGUAGGUAACCAGACAUCGUGCCGGCUAGCGGGGCUAAGGGCAGGGACGGUGUACUUUGUCCAGGUGAGGUGCAACCCAGUGGGGAUCUACGGCUCCAGGAAGGCUGGGAUCUGGAGUGACUGGAGCCACCCUUCAGCUGCCUCCACACCCCACAGUGAGCGGCUGCAGAGUGGAUCAUGUGAGCCCAAGCCAGGCGAACAGAACUCCACCCUGCGACGGGAGCUCAAGCAGUUCUUUGGCUGGGUUCGCAAACACGCCUAUGGCUGCAGCGGCAUGUCAAUCAAACUCUACGACCAGUGGCGGGUGUGGCUGCAGAAAUCGCAUAAAACGCGCAACCAGAUUCUAUAAGGCGAUAAAUCAUAACACAUCCUAAACAUCAUUGAAAUAUUUAAGCAACAUUCACAACAACAACUGAGAAACUGUCAGAAGGCCACUUUGAGGCCUCUCGGUGAAAGCGAUCCAACACUGGAUAUUCCAGCAUUUGGUCACACACAACAACUCUUCUUUGUAGGAAUCCAUGUGGAACAGAAAAAGACCUGAUGCAAGACGCCAGCGUGUUACACUGCUGUCUGCAGCCCUGGAUUAAAAUAGAGUGGAAUCCCAUCUCUAAGAACUUCUCCUCUCCAUCCCCUCCUCUCCACACAAACACACUCUUACACUCACAUCUCCUGGGAGUGCCAAAGUGGAGAGCCUUUUUCUUAGCACAUUUCAGACCAAGGCCCUCUGAUCGCUGAGUGGGAGCAUGGAAAAGUUUCUUAAUGUAGCAUUAGUAUGUGCUCGACUCAGAUGGCCAUAAAUCAUCUUACAGACUACCGUCAGAUCAGACACAUAGUGGCCACCAUCACAUGCUUUUACCACAGACACAAGGGCAUUAUGCAAUCUUGCUGGAAUGUCAUAUACAGUAUAAAGAACUUCACUAAUUCAGCUCCUGUUCUGGAAACUCAAUCACAGAACAUUUGUCAGAAUUCAAUAAGAUGAAGGUAUUUUCAUAAUGUAUUUCCAUUCUAGCAACUUUAAUAGCCACACAGUUGUCUAAGCCACACUAUAUAUAAACAAAAGUAUGUGGACACCCCUUCAAAUGAGUGGAUUCGGUUAUUUCAGCCACACAGGUAUAAAAUGGAGCACACCGCCAUGCAA